AGUCAUAACUAAAACGCUAAACACUUUCUUUUCUCUUUUCUUCACUCAUUCAUAACUUUCUUCUUCAUCAUUCCGAAAUCCAAUUUUCAAUUCUUAUACCUUUCUUCCAUUUUCAAUCUCAAUCUCAAACUUUCUCUCCGAAAUCCAAUCACACACACAGAGAGAAAGAAAAUGGAUUGGGGAAACGUAACCGCUGAAGAUCUCAUCGACGCGCUCCGUGAAGUCGAUUGGUCAUCACCGCCGCGUCCUCUCUCUGAAUUCUUCUCCCGAUUCACCGUUCCUCGAUCUUCGAACAAAUGGAAUAGCCGUCUCAAAUGCAAUCUUUACUACUACCGGACCAACUACUUCAUUUUGAUUGUUUCUGUUCUCAUAUUGGGUUUUCUUCGGAGGCCGCUUGCUAUUGUAGCGGCGCUACUUACGGCGUUAAGCAUUGCCUUUCUAAAUGACAGCUUUGCAGGUACUUUUAGUGAGAAGGUGACAAGAACCGUUAGGCAAUUUUCACCUCAUUUAGCUGCGAAAAUGAGACCUCCUCUUACGCCUGUUAUUCGUGGACGUCCAUCAGCUAAGAGAGCAAUUUAUAUUUGUGGUCGGCCGCGUUGGGUGUUUGUCUCGAUAUUUUCUUCUGCAAGCUUCUUUCUCUGGUUUGUUUCGGCUGGUCUCCUGACCGUUUUAUGGGCGCUUGCUAUUGGUCUUCUUGCUACCAUUCUGCAUGCAAGCUUGAGAACACCUAACCUGAAAGCACGUCUAAACACGUUCCGUGAAGAAUUUCGUGCUGUAUGGCGCAAUUACAGCGAGCUGUAGUUCACAUAAAAUUUGCUGGACUGAAUGUUAUGCCGUAUGCUGCUUUUUAGUGGGAGCAAUUUCUUAUAAUUGGAUUGGAACUUUCCAGGGAAGCUGGCAACUGGUCCAACAGAUUGUAAAUGUUCAGGAAUCGUGUUUUUGUAAAGUACACUGGUUUCAUUGUUUAUUAUAUCUUUAGUGGAAGCAUUCGAAUAUUGAUACAUCAUGUAAUGUAGGAAUUGCAACCCAUACUAGUUCUCAGAAUUCUUAAUUGCUGUGAGGAAUUGAAUUAAAGAUAUUUUCAAUUACUUUUAUGGCUCUUAUUUCCAGGUUUA